UUCUCGUGAUCUUAAUUUAAAUAGCGAUUGAAGGAACAAAGUGGAGGGAGUGGUUUUCUAAUCUCAAAACUUAAAGGUUGGAGAAUGAAUGAUAAUCGCCACUGCAUUGACUUUAAAACUGGAUCAUUUCUUCAAGUGACAAGAGCUCAGUCGUUUUGUAACGGUGGUUUUUUUUUCUGUUAUCUGCCUCUUUUUUUCGUACCUAAAGGCAUGUUCGCUCUUCCGGAGGUUUCGAGACGGCCGGAUAUUCCCCGAAGACUUGUGGCGACGGCAAUUUCUUCGGCGAGCGCGUUGGAUCUGCAAGAAUUGGGGGAUUUCUCCUCUCGGAGCUGAGAGGCCAGUGAGCGAGCAGCGGGAGAUGGGAAUGGAGCGCCAGCAAUCGAGCGAAGACGCGGUUGGCAAGAAGAAGAAGAAGGACGUCAAGGAUCCGGCUGGCCCCAAAGCGCUGCACAAGACGAAGCUCGUCAAAGCCACAGGUAACAACAAUGCCGAUCAAGUAAGUCACCUGGAGAAGAAAGAAGAAAAUGCCAAUCCAGCUGAGAACAAGCGGACCGAUUCUUCUGGUGCUCCAAAAUCUCAGGACCCAGCAGCUCAAGGAGCCGAGACUCUGCUGCAAGACAUAGAGACUCCUGUUCAUCAGAAAAAAAUAUCACGGCAGCAAAUGGAAAAGUUACCGACAAAGCAGCCUCCGACAAAAACGAAGACUCCUCCUCCUGAGCAGCUGCAGAAGGUUGUCUCUCCGGUGGAACUGGAGUCCCAGAUUCCAAGUCCGACUCCAAAGCCUCCGGGGAGCCCAGGGAGAGCACUCUACUUGCUCAAGCUGGCCAAAUCGAGCCAUAUAUCCGGUGACAAGCCGUCGAAAACUCUCGACUACGCUUCCCGAGCUGCCAAGAUGUUGGAGGCCAACUCUUCGGAUGGAAAGCCGAGCUUGGAGCUGGUGAUGAGCUUGCACAUUGUAGCAGCAGCGCAGUGCAGGAUGGGUAAACACUGGGAGGCAGUCGAAGCUCUGGAGAAGACUUUGCAAAGCCUUCCAAUGGAGUGGAUAGCCGAAGCAGGGGGGGAGUACUCGCUGGCAGCGUUCGCGGGAUAUAUGCAGCUGGGAGACACUUAUACGAAGUUAGGCAAGCAAGUUCAAGCGCUCGAAAGCUACCGAAAUGCUCUCACCGUUCAGAAGAAGGCGGUUGGAGAAAUGGACCCUCAAGUUGGGGAGACAUGUCGGUAUCUUGCUGAAGCAUACCUGCAGGCGAUGCAGUUCGAGGAUGCCGAAGAACUGUGCCAGCAAAUGCUGAAAAUCCACGCAGAAAAGAGUCCUGCCGGCUCGAUGGAAGAAGCAGUAGACAGGAGGUUGAUGGCUCUCAUCCAAAGUGGCAAAGGCGAGCACGAAGCAGCACUGGAGCAUUUGGUGUAUGCAAGCACGGCAAUGAGCUCUCGAGGACAGAGUGCCGCUGUCGCUUCCAUAGACGCCAGCAUCGGCGAUUGCUACGUUGCCUUGGGCCGAUUCGACGAGGCCGUCUUCUCGUACCAAAAAGCUCUAGCGGCAUUCAAGCAACUCAACGGAGCGAACCAUGCUUCCGUCGCUUCAAUGUACGUAAGCCUGGGGGACCUCUAUCUGAAAACCGGGAAGAUGAGAGACGCGAAGGUGUACUGCGAAAACGCACUCAUGAUAUACGGGAAACAGGGACAUCCGGCAGAUGAACUAGCAGCUGGUUUGACGGACGUUGCGGCAAUUUACGAAGCUUUGAGCGAGAGGGAACAGGCUAUGUGCUUGCUGAGAAAGGCGCUGGAAAGCAUUAAAAACAUACCGGGAGAGCCUCGGUCGGCAGCGGGGAUUGAAGCACAGAUGGGAGUUUUGUACUACAUUAUGGGCAACUUCUCGGAGUCUCACUCGGCUUUCAGCAGCGCAGUGGACAAGCUCCGAUCUGCAGGUGAAACCAACACGUUAAUGCUGGGAGUUUUGCUCAACCAGAUGGGACUUGCCUUGUUUGAGCUGGAGCAAAUUCACGAGGCAGUAGCAGUGCUGGAGGAGGCACAGCAUGUACUUGCGGAAGCUUGUGGAGUCUACCAUCCAGACACCAUUGCAGUUUGCAGCAAUCUUGCCGGUGGAUACGACGCUCUUGGAAGAGUCGAAGAUGCUAUUGACUUGCUCCAAGUGGUGCUUCGCUCCCAAGAAGAAAGGCUCGGUACCGUUCAUCCCGACGUAGUGGACGAGAGACUCAGGCUCGAGCAAAUGCUCCGAGAGACUGGGAAGCCUUUGGUACGCAAAACGAGCACCCUGGAAGAGCUGUUGAUGCGGCCGACUGCACAAAGUAAAAGAUAUUAUCGUAGCUUAGCAGUGUAAGAAAACCAAUUACAUACAAGUGGUCUUUGUUACGAGAGGAAA